AGCUACUUGUUUCAAUCAACUCGCUCAAUAUUUUAGUUUGCUCAAAACUCAUCUGGGUUUUUUUUUUGGUUUCUUAAUUCUUUUCCUCAGUUUCUUUCCCAGCUCUUCAUUUUCCCAAAUGGCCACCGUUGAGGUUGAAUCAGCCCCCGUAGUAUUGCCAGAGACCGAGGCCGUUCAGGUGGCCAAAUUUGAUGAGAAAGUGGGUGAAGCCCCUGCACCAGAGCCCGUAGCUGCUACAGAAAAGCCUGAGGAAGAAGUCGCACCAGAAACCACGGAAGCAGAGAAGCCUGCCCCCGUUGCUGCUGAACCUGAUGUCGAAACCAAGGAGGAGGUGGUGGUAGAGGAAGAAGCCAAGGUUGAGGCCGAGGUGGCAGAACCUGCAGCUGCAGCUUCCGAGCCCGAGGUCGAGACCAAGGAGGAAGCUGCAGUGGAAGCAGAAGAGCCAGUGGAGGAGAAAAAAGAAGAAGAAACCCAGGGAGAGAAAGCUGAAGCUGCUGUUGAGGAGAGCUCAGAGGAGAAAGAGGUAGCUCCAGCCCCAACAGAGGAAGAGAAGGCAGCAGAGGAGAGCACCCCUGAGAAGGCCGAGGAAUGAAGAGGCAAUGUUUGUGAAGCAAGAGAAGGGAAUGUAGUAUGUUAAGAGUUGGUUGGGCUGUUAGUUUUAUUUGUUGUCUGAGUCUUUGUUUCAUGGAUGGAGGCAAAGGCAAGUCAUGAGGGUUGGGAGUUAGAAUGGCUAUAUUUCAUAGUGGCACUUCAACUGAGAAUUCAAAGGUGCCAUAUGGGGUAUGGAAGUCGGUCCAGAAGAGUCAUUUCAUUCGCUAUUUUGUGUGCUUGAAUAUGUCAUUCUCUAGCUCUGAAUAAAUCAUAUUUCAUGUUUCAACC